AUGCGUGUUGCAGAAUUUGUGCAAUGCGCCACAUUCACUGAGCUGCAAGGUUAUAAUUUAGCACAAUUCCGUGUCCAGCAAAGUCCAUCGGCAAAUUACAAUCGAGGCACGAAAACAUGCGAGCUUUCCGAAAUGGACCGCUUUACUUUGUCCGGAACCACUGCAUUCCAGGCCAGCGCUGGCAACGAUUACCUUGAGAACAACUGCGCAGACGAGCCAAACAAAUUGUGUGAGUUCAAGCGCUUAUCCGGUAGAAUCUUAAAAACUGUCGAUUCCGUAUAUCAGGACGUGGCCAGCAUUGAAGAGUGUCGAGAUCUGUGUUUAAGUACACCUUUCAGAUGCCACUCAUACGAUUACGGCGAUACUGGUGAUAUGGUUUGUCGUCUUUCCCAUCAUAAUCGUGCCACUUUGACUGACAUACAAAGUCCUUACUUAGAUGUACCGGAAGCAGCUACUUAUGAACUGUCAUCUUGCUACAACGUGACCAUCGAAUGUGGUGCAAGUGAUAUGAUUACACGCAUCCGUACCUCCAAACUAUUCGAUGGCAAGGUGUACGCCAAGGGCGCACCAAAAUCCUGUGCUGUGGAUGUUAAAAGUGCGCUAGAUUUUGAAAUACGCAUGGGUUAUCAAGAUUUGGAGUGUAAUGUGCACCAGAGUGGUCCUGGCCGUUACAUGAACGAAAUUGUCAUACAACAUCAUGACACAAUAGUCACUUCAUCCGAUUUGGGCUUGGCAGUUACUUGCCAAUAUGACAUGACCAAUAGAUCUGUAACGAAUCAUGUAGAUUUGGGUAUCAAAGGUGAUAUUGAACCAGCACUGUCCGAAGAAGUGAUUGUCGAUUCACCGAAUGUUAUAAUGAAAAUUACUUCACGUGAUGGUUCUGAUGUGAUGCGUACAGCUGAGGUCGGUGAUCCGUUGGCACUCAAGUUCGAAAUACUUGACGAGUUGAGCCCUUAUGAAAUAUUUGUACGAGAAUUGGUUGCUAUGGAUGGUGCUGAUAACGCAGAAAUAACACUCAUCGACUCAAGAGGUUGUCCAACAGAUUACUUUAUUAUGGGCCCUAUAUAUAAGAGUACUACAUCCAAUAAGAUUUUACUCUCACAUUUCGACGCUUUUAAGUUUCCAUCUUCCGAUUUAGUACAGUUCCGAGCAUUGAUAACACCCUGCAUGCCGACUUGCGAGCCAGUGCAAUGUGAUGAUGAUGAUAUGACUGGAGGUUACAGGCCAUUAACUUCAUAUGGUCGCCGAAGACGAUCGGUUAAUAUAACUGCUACUUACCCAGAUCUACGUAACAGUCGAGCCCUACGUGAAACUAAUAAAAAGACAAAUCUAGAAAACAUGCUCUUAGUGCAAUCAAUCAAGAUUACAGAUAAAUUUAUUUUCGAUAAACAAAAGGGAUUAAAAGCAACUGAUGCCGAAGAAGAGAUAUUAAUUUCCAGCGAUAGUUUAAGAGGGUUCUGUAUAAAUGGCAUUGGUCUUGUUGUCGCUGGUACAAUAUUUUUGCUGGCUCAGUUGGCAGUAAUUGCUAUUUGGACUUUCCUUUAUCAGAGACGUAAAAAGGAACGUGGUUACUCUUCGAGUAAAGAUCAUAAAAGUAACUCCUCAAAUUUUUCCACGCAAAGCAGCUCCACGAGGUCGAAAAUUGCAUCUAACGGACGCGCUGAGUCUUUAAAUAAAUUGUAUGAUAGUGGCUUCGCUGGCCGUCAUGGACGUCAUUUUUGA